GAAACAAAACAAGGAACCAAGUACCAACGAGUUGUCGUGUCUGAUGGAAGAUGGAAUAGCAUUGUAGCUUUGUUGUCAAUUUCAUUUGUUUUUACAAGUCUUGCCAACAUUUUCAUUGAUCGAUCCAGAGCCAGGGGAAGGAUCGGUCUUCUCGAAUAUGGCUCCAACAAUCCAAACUCAAGCUCAACGUGAAGACGGCCACAGGACCUCUUCACACAGAACCGUCCCAGAGAGGUCUGGCGUUGUGUGUCGGGUGAAGUACUGCAACAGCCUCCCUGACAUACCCUUCGACCCGAAGUUCAUCACGUACCCGUUUGAUCAGCACAGAUUUGUACAAUACAAGGCUACUUCACUAGAGAAACAACACAAGCAUGACCUGUUGACGGAACCCGAUCUUGGGGUCACGAUUGACCUCAUCAACCCAGAUACCUAUCGUAUAGAUCCUAACAUUCUCCUUGACCCAGCUGAUGAGAAACUACUAGAAGAGGACAUCCAGGCUCCUACAAGUUCGAAGAGAUCUCAGCAGCAUGCUAAGGUAGUGCCCUGGAUGAGGAAGACUGAGUACAUCUCCACAGAGUUCAAUAGAUAUGGCGUUUCCAAUGAGAAAGUGGAAGUCAAGAUUGGUGUUUCAGUCAAGCAGCAGUUCACAGAGGAAGAAAUCUACAAAGACAGGGACAGUCAGAUUGCGGCCAUUGAAAAGACAUUUGAAGAUGCACAGAAAGCUAUCCCACAGCACUACAGCAAACCCAGAGUCACUCCAGUGGAGGUUUUGCCUGUCUUCCCUGACUUUAAGAUGUGGAUCAACCCGUGUGCUCAGGUCAUCUUCGACUCUGACCCUGCUCCCAAAGACAUAUCUGGCCCUGCUGGUGUGGAUAUGAUGUCUCAGGCUAUGAUCAGGGGUAUGAUGGAUGAGGAAGGAAACCAGUUUGUGGCAUACUUCCUGCCCAACGAGGAAACCAUGCGCAAGCGCAAGAGAGACGUUGAGGAGGACAUUGAAUUCAUGCCAGAAGAAUUGUAUGAAUACAAGAUUGCCAGGGAGUACAACUGGAAUGUGAAGAACAAGGCCAGCAAGGGCUAUGAGGAGAAUUACUUCUUCAUCUUCAGAGAUGGAGAUGGGGUCUACUACAACGAACUGGAGACCAGAGUACGUCUGAGCAAGAGAAGAGCCAAGGCUGGAGCGCAGUCCACCACCAACGCCAUGCUGGUGUGCAACCACAGAGACAUGAACGAGAAGGAGCUGGAGGCCCAGGAAGCCCGCAAAGCUCAGCUGGAGAACCACGAGCCCGAGGAUGAGGAGGACAUUGACAUCGACAAGGACAUCCAGGAGUCUGGCGACGAGAAGGAGAAGGGCAGCGAGAGCGAGAACUCUGACAGCGAGUCAGAGCAUGAGGAAGAGGAGCCUCACGAGCGCGACGAGGAUGAGGAGGAAGAAGAGAGCGCCAAGCGGCCGCGACGGGCGAGUGGCAGCGGCAGCGAGAGCGGCGACGAGCGGCAGGCGCGGGAGACGCGCGCCGACGAGGAGGAGAUCUUUGGGAGUGACGACGACAGCGAUGACGAUGGCGACGAUAAAGCGGGCAGUGGUGACGGCGGCGGAGGACGCAGCAGCGGCAGCGAGGAUGAGGAGGAGGAAGAUGGCGGAAGGAGGAGGAGCGGGAGCGCCUCACCGCCGCACAGCAGCAGUGACCACUCGGAGGCUGGCCAGCAGAGUGGCAGCGAACGUGGCUCUGACUCAAGUGACGCCAGCGACAGCGACUGAGACGGCAGAACACAGCUUCUGUCCCGCCCUUUCCCAUAACACCGCACACUCGUGCACGCACCUUUGCUCGAUGCACUCGUCUCAUCCAUUCAAACGCACUCACUCAUUCACACACAUACACAUGCUUAUCUACACACACAUUUUACACAUGCACUCAUUUAUGCAUACACACAUUCACCACAUAUUCACACACAUUCACUUAUAUACACUCACGCAUGCCCUUGUAUACAUUGCAUUAGCAUUGCAUUAGCAAACACCAUUCUUGAAAUGAGACAUGCGUCAGAAAGGUGCUUUAGAAAUAUUGUUUUUCAUUUAGUAAUCGCUAUGGGAUAGUGGUUAUUAUCACUUUGUGGGAUCACUUGGGCCCACAGAUUAUCUACUGACAAGGCUAUCAUGUUAGACAUGGCGAUUGUUGUGUCUCCUCUCCAUCUCCCAUAGCCUCCCAUAAUCUGGACAUCCAUCGUCCCCUCCUCUCGCCUCCCCUCUCUUUACCCAUAUCUGGGGGUCUCUGUGCAUAUUUCACGUCAUUUUCAUCUUCAGACUACCCCUCUCAAGGUUGGCCUGGCGUCUACCGUGUGUGUGUGUGUGUGUGUGUGUGUGUGUGUGUGUGUGUGUGUGUGGAGUGGAGAGACCAGCGAGAGUGAGUCAUUACACAUUAACGUCCACCUCCCACAGUCUCCACUUGCAUUAUAAUUCCGCUUGUUUCUGGCUCAAUCGCAUUUUUUUUUUUAAAUGUCUUUUUUUUUUUUUUUUCCCCCCAACCUUUCCUUUCACAUUCUGCUUUGACAUAUGGUCUGGAUAAGGUUUUUCUAUAGAAAUCAAUUAAUUGAGUUGUUUUGAACAAGAGUGUCACAUUGUCUAAUACUGUUAGCAUACACUUUUUUUGUAGUAGUGUAGUUGAGACAGUCUACUGCAGUGUAUGGACAAUGUAAAUAAAUAUUAAACUGAUUGGUUUUUUUUA